AUGAAAUGGUCUAUAACGGUCCGAGUAAGGGGUGUCGGAUGUGCCGAGACAGGAAGGUCAAGAGGAAGCUCGUGCCCAGGCUAUGGUGAUAUUUUCGACAAGGCGCAUCGGGACGAAAGCGUCAAGACUAGAAUGCGACAUUCGCACAGGAGCAACACGACCGACACGGCCGCACCGGAGCUCAGGCUAAAGCAGCUAUCACCACGACUUCCUCCAAGUCCGCCAUCAAACGAUGAACUCGACGCCUUGGGGUUCUUCUUCUUCCACUACGGCCGCUGCUACGACGGUCAAGCUACCUGUAGUAUCUUCGGCCUCCUGCCAGGCAUGUAUGCAAAGUGCAGCUCGAACUCCGCUUUGGCCAAGGCCACCACGGCGCUUGCUCUGGAGGUGACUCACUUGCACCGGUCGACCGGAAGGUAUUCAGUCGCGGGCUAUAGCACAUACACUGAGGCGGUGAUCCGAACCAAAGAAGCCCUCGCCGCAUCGACGCAGAGCAAGUCGAACGAGCUUCUUAUGACAACUCUUGUUCUAGAGGCGUACGAAGAUGCCCGUGCCACAUUUGGGAAGACGAAUCAUGGCGUAUCGCGGUCUCAUGCACAUAUCCUUGGCUCCAUCGCUCUGUUGAAACACCGCGGGUCCCUGAACUACAAGGACGAAUUAUCAUGGCGCCUGGUCGUUGCCACUCGGAACAGGCUACUUCAACACAACUGGCACGGCUUGGAUGGACUAGAAGGCUUUGGAACUCUCCGAGAUGUCUGGGAUUGUGACACUGGAGCCCAGAUGUACAGCCCGGCGGUGAAGGCCGAUACACUGGCAUUUAGGUUGUUUCAGCUCAAACUCCUAGCGAGGACAGCCUUGAGCUUACACGAGAUUCUCAGCCGCGCCAUUAACCUCGCCGGCGAAUGUAGUCUCUGGCAGAAUUCCCUCCCAUCAGCUUGGAGGGUACUAUCUGUUCCGGCCUGUUCUCUCCCCCCAUCAAUACAGGCUGCUGGUGCCUACAGCCACGUGGAUCCCGCCGUCUACGCAAGUCUUUCCAUAGCAAACUCGUAUAAUCGACAUCGAGUCACUGAGCUAGGCUGCCUUUCGCUCAUCGGCGAUUGUCUUGUGAGCCUAUCAUCCCCAGAGCAGGACUAUAGACUGAGCGUGCUUCCACCCGCUCUCCUAUUCAGAGCCCAGGUUCUCGUCGACGAAAUAUGCGCCAGUGUGCCGUUCCUUACCGGGGAUGCGGCUGCGGGUGGUCUAAGAGCAAUGACUAUGCUUCUGCCAUCUGUGGUGCAGCCAUCUCAUGACGGGAAUAAAGUCCAGCACGCGCAGCAGGUGGUAGCAUCCGGCCUAUUUAUGAUGUAUCACACCUUGAAGAAGAUGCUUGAGCUCCUAGGGGAUAAGGUUAUAGGGAAUGCUAUUCGUGAUGGACAGAUUAAAUGGAUAAUAAGACAGUCCCAGAGACUAGGACAGGUUCUUUAUAUAGCUUAA